AAUUGGCUUCAUUUUUAUUUUAAUUCAACUAAUAGAUAUGGAUUCUUUAAAUGAAGAUUGCUUGAUUCAAAUUUUACGAUAUUUAUCAUUGAAAGAACAAAUAGCACUUUUACUCUCUAAUAAAAGUUUAAUUGAUAUUAUUGGGAGUAUGUGGAAAACAAAAUAUAAAAGGCAAUUACGUUUAAAGUUACCACCUGAAAUGCCACUCGAAUUCCAUGAGCUUAAACAAUUUAUAUGCGUCGUGCAUCAACAUGUAGAAAAUCUACAACUCGAACUUGACUCCAAAGAUAUGAUUAGUCUGCUAAAUGGAUAUAAAUUUAUCAAAACAAACAACCUCUGUAUAACUGUGACAGGUUCAGAGAUGUUGGAACACGAAUUUGUAACUAUCUUAUAUGAUACUUUCCCAAACCUAAGACAUCUGCGACCAAAUGGAAAAUUUACAGGUGCAGGCUUUGUAUUGUGGAAACACUUGGAACAACUAACACUUAGUUCCUGUUAUACAUUUCAAUUUAACUACUUAGAGCGGAUACUGCAAGAAUUGCCAUUACAUACAUUAGUCUUGAAAAGUUUUAAAAUGAAGGAUCCACACCUAGCAGAGGAUUCUCUGCAAUGUUGUACUCUAAGCCAUUUGGUUGUUAAUUCUUAUGAGUUGGCUUAUUUUACGCCACAAUUAAAGAAUUUGCAUUAUUUGAAGGAGUUAAAUAUAACUGAUUUAUACUCGACAGCCAAUUUGGAUUCACUCCACAAUAAGCUCGGAGAGCUGCACAACACACGGCACAUUGAGGGGAUAUAUUCACGUGACAUUACAGCAAUAUUUCCAAAAAUUAUUAACUUUCAGAUGCAUACCCAUUUGAGGCAAUUAGUUUUGGCCUUCGAUCCUUUGGCAUUUUCCGAUAUGCUUGUUUACAUCUCUUUAUUACCUACGUUACGUGUGUUGCACUUUCAUGCAUGCUAUGUACGUAGCGAGUUGGAAUUUGAAAAAUUGUUUUUGCUCUCUGUACAUUUGGAUGAAAUAAGUUUAGAAGAUUGCAUUAUCAGUUACGGUAGUAAUCCGUGUCUAGAUGUCAACGACGUUGUCGUGAACCGUACAAAGGCGCUUAUAUUAAAUUUUUAUGCAAAUAAAUUAGAUUGUGACAACAAAAUGGCUCAGCUGCAAUUGAAAGGUAGUAGCAAUUUGUUUCGACUGGAGUGUGAACAAAAAUUGAUGAAACGUUGUGGAUACUUAGUUUAUGGAUUUAGUUAAUUAAAUAUAUCAUAAAUCAUAGGAAAAUGUGUUUUUAUAUUAAAAAUGAAAUGAAUUUA